AUGCUGGAGUCUGUUGUUGAGCGGCUGCUCAGCCGCUACCUGGCGCCGUACGUGUUGGGCAUCAGCAAGGAGAAGCUGUCGGUGGCAGUGUGGAGCGGCAAUGUUGCGCUGUCAGAGUUGCACGUAAAGCCUGAGGUUUCAGACUUGUUAGGAAUUCCAUUCAAGGUCGUCUGGGGCCGCAUAGGAAAGAUAACUCUAAAGAUCCCCUGGGCCAGUCUGGGAUCGUCUCCCGUUAGUGUGGACAUUCAGGAUGUAUAUUUGCUGCUCGAGCCAAAACCCAUACCGCAGCUGGCAGAUGCGGAGCUCCAGCAAAAACUCCGCAGCGUCAAGAUGCAGCAGGUGGAGGCUUGCGAAGUGCAGUUACUGGAGGUGCGGCAGCAGCUGCAGCAACAGAUACAGCAGCAGCUGCAGCAGCAGGCAGGGAAGGACGCCGAAGGCGGCUUCUUCUUCCGUCUGGCCAAUAAGAUUCUUAGCACCUUGCAAGUUAGCAUUAAGGGCAUUCAUGUUGCCUUAAUAGACCGACAAAGGGGCUUUCGGGCGGGCGUUCUCCUGGAGCGCCUCUCUUUACACAGUACCGACUCUACCCGGACGAAACGUGACGAGCAGCAGCAGCAGCAGCAGGACUUCUACAAGACGUGUGAGCUGACUGGCCUCGCGGCCUACUGCGCACUGGACAGCAGCGGGGGCAGCAGCAGCGCUGCAGCAGAAACAGCAGACAUGCCAGAGUUGUUGCUGGAGGAGGAACCGGAGGUGGACGCGGAGCUGCAACUAGGCAGCGCUCCGGACUUCUCAGAAGGGCCACAGGUAGGGGCCUCCCCUGGGACCUCUUCAAGGGAGAGUGGUGAAGCAGAUGCGCAGACAGGAGUCUCCCCUGGGGCCUCUUCAAGAGCAGGCGGAGAGGCGGUCGCGCCGCCAGAAAGGGAGCUCGCUGUUAACACCGAACUGCACGAUGAGGAGCUCCAGGCCCCUUCACAAGCCACCUCAGCACCCCAGCUGCACGCGUGUUGGGAUGUGCUGCAGGACCAGCAUGGAGGAGAAGAAGACACAGCGAAGGCGGUGUACCCUGGCAACUUCCCCUUAGAAAGCCCCGUUGCUUCAGCGGCCCCUUCGAGGGAAGCGAGCCGCAGGUGGGAGCGGAAGGGAUCUGCUGCUGUUUCUGCCCCCACGCAGGCAGGGGCGCGUGCAGCAGCAGCUCGACCAGCACCAGCAGUAGGAGAAGCAGCAGCAGGGGGCAGGUCACCAAGGGUCCGAAGAGGGCGCAGCAGGUACAUCUUGAAGCCUCUUCAUGUGAGGCUGAGCAUUGCGCAUGCAGCAGCCCACCAGGAGUUUUCGGCGAGGCUGGAAGUGCUGCAGGGGAGCCAUGGAGCAGCUAUAGGAAAGUCUCAGCUCGCAGUGCUGCUGCAGCUGCUGCAUGAGGCUGGGGAGAGGCGGAAGCGCUGCGAGCGGCUGCUGCUGCGGGAGGCGCACACCGUGGCCUUAGCCCCUGAGGAUUUGGAGGUAAACGGACAAACGCAAAGGGAAUUCACUGCGCUGUACGGACGGCAGCUGCAGGCUGAGGAGGGGAUCAAGGGCGUGCAGCCUCUCACUGAGGCAGAGGAGAGGCGUCUACGGGUGUUGUAUGACGUUGUGGGCGUUCGCCAUCUGGCCAAGUGGAGGAGCAUCUGCAAGGAAGCAACAAAUCGCGUGAUGGCAGAGACGCAAAAAGUGCAGCAGCAGAGACUGCCCAAACCUCCGCCAAGAAGCUGGUGGCAGUGGGCUACGAGGACCGGCCUGCACCAGCAGCAGCAGGGGGAAGACGAGUCUCCUUUGAUAACUCAAGAAGACAUACAGCUCAUCAUGGACUCAGUGCAGGCGAGGCUCCCUAAAGACGAAACGUUGCAAGGAAUGGGACUGCCGUCGAGGUACCACUUGAGUUUCGACUUACUGCAGUUUCGGGUGUCCCUUGAGGACGAUUGUGAGGAAGGGCAAGGAGGCUAUGAAGAGGAAGAGGAGGAGUCAGAGAUGCCGCGGGAUGGACCCCCUGACCUCCCAGAGGACUUUCCAUUGCCCCCACAUGACGGGGCCGUGCGGCUCCCUCCAGGUUUGCCUGCUGAAGGAGGCCGAGGAGGGGCAGCAGCAGCAGCAGGAGAAGCAGGAGGAGCAGGAGCAGCAGUAGCAGCAGGAAAAGAACCAGGGGAGGAGGAGCUCUCUUUUUUGUCGCUGUCUCUUAGCGGCUUGCGCGCCUCCUUAGACUGCUGCAACCGCCAGGACUAUUCAGGAGAAGAUAACGCGGAGUGGGCCUUUUCUUUUUCCCUCGCAGACUUCACAGUGCGCCAGAAGCACCACACGCUCAUGCACUUUCGCAGCGAAGCAGAUACCAGCAGCAGUAGCAGCAGCAGCAGUAGCAGCAGCGGCAGCAGCGGCUUCGGUAGGACCCACGUGGGCCUGUUUGGGGACACAGGGAAGCUCAUCCAUCUGCCAUCUGCUAUAUUUCGUGCGGCCCCGACUUCUCUUGCAGCAGCUCAGUUCCUGCUGCAGCACCAGCUGACCCCGCGAGGCAACAUCCUUGGGGUGUCUGCGCACUUGGCGCCCCUUGUGGCCUCCGUGCGACCCGACAUUCUACAGACGAUCUUUGCCUUCUUCGUCUUCGAGACUCCUGAAGAUGUCAGGAGAAUGCAGAGCACAAGCUCUGUUACCUCCACCCAGGAGAAGUCGCGUGGAGGUGCUGCAGAAAACGACCCAGUAGCCGGAGACCCAGGUGCAGCAGCGCCAGGUGAAGAAGACCCCCAGCAGCUGCAGCGGGACCUGGGAGCGAUGCAUGCGCGAGAGCUGGUGGAGGGUUUGCGUGAAAAGGGAGAAACUGUGUACGCUGCUGCAGUGCAUCGGCUGCCGGGGUUGCUGCAGCUGGAGCUAAACAUUGCGGCGCCUAUCUUCCACCUGGACUCUCUCGCGGCAGGCAGUGUCUCUGUACACCUCGGGCGGCUGAGCUUGAAGACAGAGGGGCCUUGUCCGUACGAGGCGCUGCAGGCAGUGCUCGAGCUGAACGAGACUCGUCUCCUUUGCUCUCCCAAGGGGGGCAGGGAGGUGUCUCUCCUGCGGCCUAUCCCCAUUCGUGUGCAUCUGCAAGUUGAGGCAGCAAAGAACAUAACUUUAGAUAUGGAGUUUGAUGAUAUAUUCCUCGAGGCAACGCCAGAGGCAGUGGCCCUACUCCUUGCAGUCCCUGUUUCCCUCGCGAAGUCUGUGGCACAGCCAGCCCUGCCACCUGGUGCUGCAGCUGCUGCUGCUGCUGCUGCAUCUCGUGCAGCAUGGCCAGCAGCUGCUGCAGCGCAUGCUCCUACGGAUACACAUGGGCAAGCAACCCAACACCCGGAAACGCGGGCCGGAGGUGCAGCGGUAUCGGCCCUGGAGACGCUCAAGGGAAUCCCCGCGGCGCUGCGAACCACCCAGGAGCCCGGAGAUAGCAGCAGCAACAGCAGCAGCAAAGAAGACGGGGGCUUCGUGAUAGCGUCGACUUGGCGCUUCAGCCGUUGCGGCUUUAUCGUACACAGCAGCAGCAGCACGGAAGAGAAAGGGGUGCUGAGAGCGCAGCUGUCUGCUUUAGAGGUUACAGUGGGGGCGGACACUGGUGUGGGCUCCUGCACUGUCUCUGCAGCCCUUCGCGAUGUCUUUAUCUCGGAUCCAUCAACGGAAUCUCUUCUCUUCCAGUCCCUUAACAAACAGGCGGCCUGCACUUCUCCUGUCUCUCCUCAACCCUCUGCUUCUCUUGAACAUUAUAAGAGCGCUAUUUCGCAUGCAGAGACGCUGACGCAGCAGCUGGAUUCCUUUGAGGAUGCCUUAGAAGAACCGGGAGACGGCUGCGAAGACGAUACCGGAGACAGCCGCAAAGGGGACACUGCAGGAGCCCGCAGCCUCCGACUAUCUCUACGCUACGCGAGAGGAGGAGACCCAGAAACCGUCGUAUCGCUGGUUGUUCUCCCCGCAGAGGUGCACUGGAGACAGGAGUCUCUUCGCCGCGUUCUACAGACAGUCCAGGUGUACAGGCAGCAGUUGGACCACCAGCUGGCUACUGCAGCAGCCACCUUCACCCGACCCCCCUUCCUCUCCGAAUCUGCUUUUACUGCUCUCCAGGAUGCCCUCCAAGCAAUGCAGUGCUCCCUCAACGUAGGAGAUGCCAAGCCAGAGGCCAACUUUGCUUCCGUGCUCUCUUCCCUUACCAGCAGCAGUAGCAGCAGCAGCAGUAGCAGCAGCAGCAGCAGCAGCAGCAGCGAGAGCAACAGCGCGAAUGAUGGCGCCAACAGUGGAAACCGUUGGAUGCGUGCGGGCUUGGAUGUGGGAGGAGACAUGCCUCCUUUGGCUGCCUUUGGAGACGGCAGCGUGGAGCAACAGCAGCCGCUGAGUCCCGCGUCCAGCAGCAGUAGCAGCAGCGGGAGCAACGGGAAGAAGGGCCAUCUGCCUGUGUCAGUUUCUGUGGAUUUGACCGUUCAAGGAGCCGCAGUGUCGUUCUGGGAGGGCCGCUCUGUCUAUUGUAGAGUGGGGGUGAGAGAUGUCUGCGUCUCCCUGGCAUCUUACCCCAAUGGAGAUGCGCAGACAUUUCUUACUAUCCGACACGCAGCAGUCAUCCUCAACGACCGCUGCGUCUUAGCGCCCAGAGAAACCUACCAGCAACAGCAGCUGCAGGAGAACCAGCAGCAACAACCGCAACUGCAGCAAGAACAGCAGCAGCAGCACGAGGAGCAGCAGCGGGAGCCAAUGCUAGCUUCACUCAAAAUACGACAGUAUGGGGGGGGAGAACCUGGGACGGGCCGUCCUCUUCCGUUUUCAGUUUGUGUGUCGGGUCGAGUGAGUCAGUUGUGUCUGGUGUACAUACACCAGGACAUUCAGGCAUUUCUAGAUUACCUCAGAGAUGGAAUUUUCGAUUUGUUUAUUUCUAAGUCAUACGAGGCAGUGAAACAGGCAGCUACGGGCUCGCGUUCUCUCUUCGCACUUCACAUUGACUGCCCCCUCUUCAUUGUUCCGGAAAACAAAGCCGCAAUUCCAGCGCUGCAGCAGCAGCUGCGACGACAGCAGCAAGGGCAGCAAAAACAGCAGGAGCAGCGGCAGCAGAUCCAGCAGCCGCUCUCUCCUCGUCCCGACAGCGAAGCAGAGUCCGUUGCCUUGGCUGGCGCUUCAGGCAAAGUGGAGUUGAAAGGUCUCGGACGUUUUCUCGUGUUCAGUGCAGGCAUUUUGCGGGUCAGCAACGCCUACACUCCCCUAUCGUCUGUCUCCCUGCAGCAGAAAACUCUGGAGCAGCUCUCCAACAGAGAGAGAUCCGGGGGGGCCGUCCACGGGUGCCCAGUAGGUCUGGGGUCAACGAGCCACUACUCACCACCGGCUGCCCAGCAGGGGUCUUCAGGCGGAUGCAGAACAGCCGCCGAGCCAGGGGGAACCUCAGAAGCAGCAGCAGAAGGAGCGGGAAAAGUGGAGGACUGGGCCUUUGACUUAAAGCUGGAUUUCUCGGGAAUGCAGCUGGGUGCACGAGACGGUGAGGAGAGUUCUGUGGAAGGCCCUCGAGUCCGUGAGGAGAGGGCCUCUGUAGAGGGGAAGCUUUUAGAGACAGCCAGCGUAGGGGUGAGGCUGCAGUCUUCAGGCCGCAUCUCAGUGGCUGCCGAAACAUCCCCCUGGCUGUUGCAUCUCUCCAGGGAGCAGCUUACUCUCUGCCUGGACGUGCUGAAUGAGAACCUCACGGGGUCUGGGUACACAGACUCGCAGCCUGCUGUUGCUGCUGUUGCUGCUGCUGAGGGACACUGUAGCAGCAGUAGUAACAGCAGGGGAGACACGGGACAGGGAGGUCCGACUGAGAGUGGGGACAGCCCGCUACAGAUGCCCCUAAAGCAGGCUGACCUGCAGCUGCCUCUGUGUCUUGACUUGCAUCUGUGCAUUCCCAAGCUUCUGCUCGAGACGUCUAUGGGGCCUCACGCUCCCCUCGCGUUGAUGACUGUACACCGCAUUGCUGUCUUCGCCUCCGCCUCUACUUCAACUCAAACAGGAACGCAACUCCAGCUGAACGUCACAGGAGAUGUCUUCGCAGUAGACGACAUCAGACCCCAGACUUCUAACUACUACCGCAGACUCGCCCACUGCACAGGGGGGCCCCUGGAGGGGCCCCUAGGGGAACACCAUGGAGGGCCUCAAGGGGGCUCACCAGGGGGAAUCGUAGGAUCCGAGGGCGCUGGGGAAGGAGGCGAGGCGGGAGACGCUGAGUACUGCAGCAAGGGUGAGGUAGAAGAAGACGUUGAUUGCCUCCCUGCGGUGUCUAUGCACCUUGAAACGGGAGCCGAGAGGGGAGCUGUGGAGGUGGUGCUGAGGGAUGUGACUCUGUAUACCCUUGUCGUCGGCUUCGGGGACUUAGGCAAAUAUUUCUCCACCGCCUACGCGUGCAGUACCAUGAAGCUGUUUCCCAAGCCGCAGCCAGUUGUGAACGAGCAGCAGCAGCAGCAGCAGCAGCAGCAGCAGCCGCAAACCAGCCCCCGCCGCGACUCGCCCUCAGUACCCCGUACAGUUUCGAAGGCCUUUGAAGGGAGGGGAGUUGCAGGAACCCUCCGUACAGAGUUGCAGGCAUACGAGCGCAAAAGCAGCAGCACUAGUAGUGACAGCAGAAGCAGUAGAAACAGCACAACGAUAAGCGUCCGCAUCUGUAACGGGCAGUUUGUGGUGUACACGGAUAUCGGGAGCCCCACGGCACCGCUGAUAGUGUGGAGUGGAGACGUGAUCGUCUCUCUUCUCUCUGAGGGGGUCGUUAUGAGUCUUCAGAGGCUCGAGAUACAGCACAGCAAAGUGUCACGUCUCGAGGCAGCCCCUAGCGAAGGCGAACUUGCUGCCACCAGCAGCAGCAGCCGCAGCAGAAGCAUGUCUUCCAACUACUUGCGGGCCUCCUUGGCAAUGCUGGGGCACCAAAGAGCCGCAGAAGGGGGCAUCCAGCUCCGCCCCAAAGACGCACACCUCUCCGUCGCAGGCAGCAACAAACAGCAACAGGUAGAACUUGAGCAGCAGCGUGAGCAACGGCUGGCGCUGCCGCAACACCAGCAGCAGGAGGAUGAUAAGUACGGGGGAGAGAGUCUGCUUGUCGGGGAGUGGCCCGAGCCCAGCCGCCUCAUUCCCUCUAUGCUGACAGAAGGGGCGGUGCUGCUGUGCGAGGACUUGUCAGUGCAGGGGAAGGGCAUCUUCCUUGCUGCAGCAACAGAUCAGGAGCUGCAGCAGCAGCAGCAAGUUGAAACAGAAGAGGAAGAAAUGGAGAGUGAAAAUGAGGGAACAGACGUAGAAACACCCACCUCGUCAGCACCCAUAACAGGAGAAUCAAGAAUGGCGGCUGUGCAGCGGGCCUUCGCUGGAGCUGCUGCUGCAGCAACCGCUGCUGCAGCAGCUGCUGCAGCUGACGCCCCGCGAGCACUCACUACCAAGCAGCCGAAGGCCCUCAGCAGCUCAAUGGAGGCCUCGGGUGGAAUCCGAAGACCACAGAAGAUGAACAGAUUGACGACGAAAGUUCGAAUGCAACUGAUUGUGCCAAAGUUCUUCCUGCGCGUCAGCAGCAAUGACAUCGCUUUGCUGCUGAAUGCUGCGCGAGGCCUGAGCUCCGACGGCCCCACAGCAGCAGCAACAGAAGCGCAGAGCCCGACUACUCCCGCCCCCCAGCAACAAGAACAUGGGAGCCCUGCACACGAUCAGCAGCAACAGGAAGAGCAGGAGCAGGAGGGGCAGGCGACUGAAGUAGCGGUUAAGCAGGACGUUCGUGUCUCUGUGCAGCUAGCGGGUGUGGAUUUGCUGCUGCUUGAUGAUUUGCGUGCGUCAGUUGUUCCCCUGCUACAGAUGCAGGUUUCUGUGGGGCAGGUGAGGGGCCGAGUGUAUGGACAGCAUCUCGUGUUGUCUCUAACAGACAUGCGCUGCGGCUGCAGCUUCCUUAACGUGAAGAGCGGCACGUGGGAGCCGUUUAUUGAGCAGAUGGUGCUGACUCUGGUGUACAGACGCGACCUCAUCCUCGAACACAAGUUGCAGCUGCAGCAGCAGCAACGUUUGACAGGCAACAGCAGCGGCAGCAGUAGCAGCAGCAGCGGGGGCGGUGGCAGCGCAGCAGCAGCAGCAGCUGCCGCUGCUGCUCCAGAUCAGUGGACGAACUCUAAGGCAGCCCGGGCGCUGCUUAUCAGCAGUUAUUCUCCGUUUUUGUUGAAUUUCACUCCUCAGCUCUGUCGGCUACUGUCUUGGUUUGUUCCCUACUUACUGCAGCAUCUGCAGCAGGGGCCCUCAAAGGGGACAGUCUCCUCCGCUCCCUCGCGCACCGCGAGCCUUGCUGCUGCUGAGGGGCCUGGAGAAUCAGAUGCUGCGAAGAAAGGCAGACAAGCAGCUGCCGUAGCACCUUCGCCGCUCUCCAAAUCUGCUGUUGCUGCUGCAGCAAGGGGAUACGCUGCGGAUGCUGCUGCAGCUGUUGCUGCGGCGCAGCAGCAACAGGUUAGCGGGGCCCCCUUCCGCUACCUCAACCUAACUGGAGAGUUUCUGUAUGCGUUUACGCUUGUUUCCGAGCAGCCACAGCAGCCACAGCAGCAACAACAGCCGCAGCAGCAGCUGCAGCAACAGAAGCAGCAGCACAAGCAGCAGUCCCAGCAUCAGCCGCAGCCGCAGCAGCAACAGCACUCGGAGCAGCAGCAUCAGCAGCAACGGGAAGAAGCGGGGGAGACUGAGGAGAACGAAACCACUGGGGCCGUGAUGGUGCUGCAAGUUGGGGGCUCUACUUCUCUCCCACUGGAAGCCCUAAUGGAAGGCCAGACAGCAGAGUCUUCGAGGACAGCUGAAAGGAGACAGCGCGUUUUCUUCGCUGCUUGCGUCCCAGUUGCUGCAGUGCAGCAAGCAGCAGAAGUACUGCCCAAUGUACCACGAGCUGAAAUCCUCCGCAGCCUCCUUCUCACCCGAGAUGCUCAGCGGACGAUCGGCGAGUUUCUCGAUGCAGACCACAUAAUCCCUGCUGACGCUGCUACUGCGGCGAAGGAGCAGCAGCAGCAGCGACUUAUAAGCCGCUGCAUUGGGCCUUUUCCACAGGGAAUGCAGGCUGUGCUAGUUGAGGCGAUGAAAAGCCACAGCGUCUCUUUGCUGCUGCCUCAGUGUACCCAGGAGGAGCAAGAAGUGCCGCCGCCGCAGCAGCAACAGCAGCAACCGCAGCGAGAGCAGCCAGCGAACUGCGCGGGCAGUGAGCUCGCUGGAGGAGACGAGGAGCAGAAGCAAGUUGGCUGCUGCGCAUGCGCGGACCUAAGGAAGGAUCCCCACGCGAGUACAGCCGGCAGAGGAGAUAAGAGAAGGAACGGCGAGUUGGUGGCACAGGUGCUCAGCCCCCACCCGUCUUACAAGCUGCUGCUGCUGACAUCCACGGUGCUGCUGCACAACCGCAGCGGCUUGCCAUUAGAAGUCUGCUUCCUUGACAGCAGGAAGCGGCCGUUGCUGCUGCCUGCUGCAGCAGCAACUGCAGCACCCCUCAAAGUGCUGCAGGAGCAACCUGACGCGCAGCCAGGGUCCCCACAGUCCUUUCAGGAGGCCACCCUACUCGAUCCCCAACUCGCGACGAUCCCACAGUGGAUGCUAGACAGACAAGAACGCCAGCAGCAGCAGCGCAUGCAAGAGCACGCGUUGCAGCAGGAGCUCCUCUGGCAGCUGCAGCGCACAGCCAGCAGCAAACCCCGGAGAAGCAGCAGCAACAGCGCCUUCGGAUCCCCACACUUCCGCAGAAUCAACACCCAGGGGCGCUCCCCGGUAGCCUUCCAGCAGCCGCAAGAGCAGCAGCAGCAGCAACAGCAACAAACCAGCUACGCAUAUACUUUCCUACUACCAAAUCAGCAUUUCAUGUCUGUCCCACAAGACGCCAUUUUGGGGACUGGCUGGGUCUUCGUCUACUACCAAAUCAGCAUUUCAUCAUUUGCUGCUGAGAUGACGGAACAGCAGGAAGGCCAGGGUCCUCAAUCGCCCCCCGAGAUGGGGCCGUACAGCGGCUGGUCAGAGCCCAUAGACAGCCGCAGCAGGGCGACGGACUGCCAGUGUAUGCACUGCGCUUACUUGCCACCUGAGGAGCGGAGCUCUGCGGAACUUUCUGGAUCAGCAGCAGCAGCAGCAGCAGGGAGAGGAGGAGGUACUGCUGGAGUAGAAGACCACAAGACAGCACUGCCAGCGGAGCGGCUGCUGCGGACGCUGACGGUGUUCCCCGCGUUAACUCUGAUGAACGCAACUCUGACGGAGUUAGAUGUCUGCAUGUUGCCUGCUGCAGCAGCAGCAGCAGCAGCAGUUGCUGGUGCUGCAUCGAUGUCCGGGAUCCCAUUGAGGCGGCCUCCCGCUGCGUCUGCGCUGCAGCGGCUGCAGCAGCUGCAGCAGCAACCCGUGUUUGAGGGCACGCUGACGAGACAAUCUGUAUUUUAUGUUUAUGAAAUCCCACCCAGCAGACAGCUGUCUCUUUGGCUUCGAUUCGCAGUCCUAGAAAACGCCCGAUGGUCGCCGCCUCUCCGCAACUUCCUCUCUACAGAGGAGGGCCUGGUGUCUCGUGUGCUGCUACCGUCUGCAUCGUUGGCCCCUGUAGAGCUGGAGGUGCUGCAUGACGCAGCAGAAGUGUCCCCCUACGUUUCUAUUGUCUCCCCCAAGCAGCUGAUUGCUGUUGUCUCCGCCCCCCGCCUCUUCAUAGACAGAACUGGUCUUAACAUCAAACCCGUACACUCGGGUCGAUACUUCCCCGACUUUGGCGGCUACGCCCUCUUAGGAGACUCAGCCACACCGGAGUUGUCUUUGUUCAUGAUUCCCCGCGGCUCAACGCCGGUGGAGUGCUGCGCUGAUGUCCCUGCCCUCCACAGCUUCACCAAGGCAGAGCUCAGGGCCCCGAACUGCCUGUAUACGCUCUGCUUGAAGACAGACCAACUCGCCCUCGCACACACAGCAGGCGAGUUCGCAUCUACUUAA